CUCAGGUCAAAGCAGCAGCUGCCACUCUCUAUUAAUCUCUCUUUUCCCCUCUUCUCUUAUUUACAUCUCCUCUUUUCCUCUUCAUUCUCUCUAUCUCUCUCUCUCUCUCUUCACUUUGAAGAGACAAAUUAAAUGAGUAUUUGAGAAGUUUUCAAGAAACAAAGAGAAGUGAGCAUUGCAUUUUAAUGGUUGAUCAUUAUACAUCAACCAAUAUGUCUGCCUCUCCUUCUAUGAUCUCUUGUUCUGAAAAGAAACAUUGGUGGAUUAGCAAUAGAAAGAUUGUUGACAAAUAUAUCAAAGAUGCAAAAAUGCUCAUUGCAACACAAGAACCAAACGAGAUUGCUUCAGCUAUUAACCUUCUUGACGCAGCUCUAUCUCUAUCACCUCGUUUUGAGCUAGCCUUAGAGUUAAAAGCUCGAUCUUUACUUUAUCUAAGGCGAUUUAAGGAUGUUGCUGAUAUGUUACAAGACUAUAUUCCUAGUCUUAAAAUGCCUGCUGAUGAAACAUCAUCAUCGUCCACGUCAUCUUCUGGUUCAUCUGAUAACUCAUCUACACAGCUUUCAAGAGAGAGAAUGAAGUUACUUUCAUCAAGUAAUGACUCACCGGGUAGAGAUGAGCCCAGUUUCAAGUGUUUUUCAGUUUCUGAUUUGAAGAAAAAAGUUAUGGCUGGACUUUACAAGAACUGUGAAAAAGAAGGGCAAUGGAGGUACUUGGUUCUUGGUCAGGCUUGUUGCCAUUUGGGUCUAAUGGAAGAUGCAAUGGUUCUUUUACAAACCGGGAAACGUAUCGCGACGGAUGCAUUCCGUCGCGAAAGCAUUUGCUGGUCGGAUGACAGUUUUUCGUUCGCCAAAUUCCCAAUAUCUGGCGAACGAAAUAACCAGCCUCCGACUCCUCCUAAAACAGAGUCGGAGAGCAUUUCACAACUGCUCAGCCAUAUAAAGCUCCUGCUCCGUCGAAAGACGGCUGCAAUUGCAGCUCUUGAUGCAGGGCUUCAUUCAGAAGCUAUAAGACACUUUUCGAAAAUUGUUGAUAGUCGUCGAGGGGCCCCACAAGGGUUCUUGGCGGAAUGUUAUGUGCACCGGGCUUCAGCAUAUCGAUCUUCAGGUCGAAUUGCUGAGGCGAUAGCUGAUUGUAACCGAACAUUAGCAUUGGAUCCUUCUUGCAUUGAUGCUCUUAGAACUAGAGCUGCUUUGUUUGAAGCUAUUCGAUGCUUGCCCGACAGUCUUCAUGACCUCGAACACUUGAAACUGUUGUAUAAUUCGAUUCUACGGGACAGGAAAUUACCUGGACCAAUAUGGAAGCGUCAAUGUGUGCACUAUAGGGAGAUUCCAGGGAGGCUUUGUUCAUUAGGUGCCAAAAUGAAUGAAUUGAAGCAGAGAGUUGCUUCUGGUGAAACGGGAAAUAUUGUAGAUUACUAUGCGUUGAUUGGUUUGAGGCGCGGUUGUUCAAGAUCCGAAUUGGAAAGAGCACAUUUGCUGCUCACUUUAAGACACAAGCCUGAUAAAUCAACAAGUUUUGUGGAGAGGUGUGAGUUUGCGGAUGAGAAAGAUGUUGAUUCUGUAAGGGAUCGGGCUAAAAUGUCUUCGUUGCUAUUGUAUAGAUUGAUCCAGAAAGGUUAUACAAAAUUAAUGACGACAAUCAUGGAUGAAGAUGCUGCUGAGAAACAGAGAACUAAAGCAGCAGCUGUAUUACAGGCAAUGCAGCAGCAACAAGUUCAGCAAAAUCAAGAACUACAACAACAAUCUAGAGCCGAAGCAAUCAGCAUUAAUGCAGCAUCAAGAAGAGCAUCGGACACUGCUUGUAAUACUACAUCAAGAGUACCUUCAAAGGCUUCUGCUGCUAAUACUAAUACUACAAUAAGAGUUGCUUCAGAGGCUGCUGUUAAUAAUACUACAUUAUGUAACAGCAAGGCAGAAAGCAAGGUGGUGGGGUCAGGCUCAACAAAUGCAUCAACUUCAUUUCAAGGGGUGUUCUGCAGAGACCUUGCAAUUGUUGGGAGUCUAUUGUCACAAGCUGGAACCGGGUUUAAUCGCGCAAUUCCUAUGAAAUAUGAGGCGCUCAGCUGCUAAAUUCUUACAGAGAUUUAGCUUGGACAAUGUUAAUACUAUCCCCGCGCGCGCAGGGGAAUCAAUAUCUUUGUACAAAGGGGGGGAAAUAUGAAAUUACUAUUUGCAGCCGGCAAAAUUUUGCUACUUUUAUCUUUUAAUCUAUUCUCUACCUUUACUCUAUUUUCUUCUUAUAUUUUUGUUUUGUUGUUAAUCUUUUGGUCGCUUUAUGCACUAUAUGUAAUGUACAGAGUUAAAUUCAGCACCUAAUUUAUCUACCAGUACUCCUUUUGUUAA